UAGCAACAAUACGGAAUGGGAAAAUGAAGAACUCUUGGAAAAUUCCAGUUUUCUUCUUUGUGUUCAGUUUCCUGGGAUCAUGGGCCUCUGCAACAGUUAAGCGUCGACCAAGGUUCCCUGUCAAUUCAAAUUCUAAUGGUGGAAAUGAACUUUGCCCAAAGAUCAGGAUAGGCCAAGACGACUUACCAGGGUUUGAUCUGAUUUCUCAGUUCCAAGUAGAUAAGGCAGCAUCCAGAAGGGCAAUCCAAAGGGUAGUUGGAUCAACUUCAUUACAAGUGGCUUAUAAAUUGGGAAACAAUGUGGAUUUCAGGAUUCCAACCAGGCAUUUAUAUCCCAACGGACUGCCUGAAGAAUACUCCUUUUUAACCACUUUUCGGAUGACAGGAAGCACACUUGAAAAGAACUGGAACAUUUGGCAGAUUCAGGAUUCCUUUGGGAAGGAGCAAGUUGGCGUGAAGAUUAAUGGCCAAACAAAAUCUGUUGCAUUUUCAUACAAGGGAUUGGAUGGGAGUCUUCAAACCGCAGCCUUUUCAAAAUUUCCCUCCUUGUUUGAUUCUCAGUGGCAUAAGAUCAUGAUUGGUGUGGAAAGGAGUAGUGCUACUCUAUUUGUUGACUGCAAGAGAAUUGAAUCCUUACCUAUAAAGCCAAGAGGCAAAAUAGAUUUUGAUGGCUUUGCUGUGCUUGGAAAACUUGUGGAAAAUCCUCAAGUUUCUGUUCCGUUUGAACUUCAAUGGAUGCUGAUUCACUGUGACCCACUGCGACCCAGGAGAGAAACUUGCCAUGAGCUGCCAAUCAGGAUAACACCCAGCCAGACCACAGACCAGAGAGGUCCUCCGGGUGCACAAGGUCCUCCCGGGCCUCCAGGACCCCCUGGAGUUCCAGGCAUCGAUGGCAUAGAUGGUGACCGAGGUCCAAAGGGUCCCCCAGGCGGCCUGGGUCCUGCUGGAGAACCAGGCAAGCCAGGAGCUCCAGGCAAGCCAGGCACACCUGGAUCAGAUGGACUAACAGGACCUGAUGGAGCCCCUGGCGCAGUUGGACCAAGAGGACAGAAAGGAGAACCUGGUGUACCCGGAUCUCGUGGAUUUCCAGGACGUGGUUUACCUGGGCCUCCUGGUCCUCCUGGGGCAGCAGGACUCCCUGGAGAGUUGGGUCGUGUAGGACCAAUCGGUGACCCUGGAAGACGAGGACAACCUGGCCCCCCUGGUCCCCCAGGACCCAGUGGGACAAUUGGAUUUCAUGAUGGAGAUCCAUUGUGUCCCAAUUCCUGUCCACCAGGUCGUUCUGGAUAUCCAGGCCUACCAGGCAUGCGGGGUCAUAAAGGGGCUAAAGGAGAAAUUGGUGAACCUGGAAGACAAGGUCACAAGGGUGAAGAAGGUGACCAGGGAGAACCAGGAGAAGUUGGAGCUCAAGGACCUCCAGGACCUCAAGGAUUGAGAGGCACUACUGGUAUAGCUGGAGAUAAAGGAGAAAAGGGUGCUCGGGGCUUCGAUGGGGAACCUGGACCCCGAGGUCUUCCUGGUGCACCUGGUGAUCAAGGACAACGAGGACCUCCUGGAGAAGCGGGUCCAAAGGGAGAUAAAGGACCCCAAGGUUCCAGAGGAAUUCCAGGCCUUCCUGGGUCUAAAGGAGAUACGGGCUUGCCAGGUGUGGAUGGUCGUGAUGGAAUACCUGGGAUGCCUGGAAUAAAGGGUGAGCCAGGAAAACCUGGACCUCCUGGUGAUGCAGGAUUACAGGGGUUACCUGGGGUCCCUGGAAUUCCUGGUGCAAAAGGUGUUGCCGGUGAAAAGGGUAACACAGGUGCUCCUGGGAAGCCCGGUCAGUUGGGGAAUUCAGGCAAACCGGGCCAACAGGGGCCUCCCGGAGAGGUCGGCCCCCGAGGACCUCGGGGUCUUCCUGGCCACAGAGGAGAAACAGGACCAGUAGGACCUCCAGGCUUGCCAGGUAAACUGGGUUCAGUUGGGAGUCCUGGCCUCCCCGGCUUACCUGGUCCACCAGGACUUCCUGGAAUGAAAGGCGACAGGGGUGUUGCUGGUGAACCUGGCCCCAAGGGUGAACAGGGUGCCUCUGGUGAAGAAGGUGAAGCAGGAGAAAGGGGCGAUUUUGGAGAUGUAGGACUACCUGGCUCAAAGGGAUCUGUGGGAAACCCAGGGGAGCCUGGCCUGCGGGGGCCUGAAGGUGUUCGGGGCCUUCCUGGUGUGGAAGGACUCCGGGGACCGCCUGGACCUCGAGGCGUGCAGGGAGAACAGGGUGCUACUGGCCUUCCUGGCAUCCAGGGUCCUCCAGGUCGAGCACCGACAGAUCAGCACAUUAAGCAGGUUUGCCUGAGAGUCAUGCAAGAGCAUCUUGCUGAGAUGGCUGCUAGCCUCAAGCGUCCUGACUCCGGAGCCUCCGGCCUCCCUGGCAAGCCUGGGCCCCCUGGCCCCCCCGGGCCCCCAGGAGAGAAUGGUUUCCCUGGCCAGAUGGGCCUUCGGGGCCUACCAGGCAUGAAAGGCCCACCUGGUGCUCUUGGUUUGAGGGGUCCUAAAGGUGAUACGGGAGAAAGAGGGGACCGUGGUCCUCCAGGAAGAGGUCCAAAAGGUUUGCCUGGAGCUAUGGGUCUCCCAGGUGACCCAGGUCCUGCCAGCUAUGGAAGGAAUGGUCGAGAUGGGGAGAGGGGGCCAGCGGGGGUGGCGGGAAUUCCUGGGGUGCCUGGUCCUCCGGGUCCUCCGGGCCCUCCUGGUUUCUGUGAGCCAGCCUCUUGCACCAUGCAGGCCGGUCAGCGAGCAUUCAGCAAAGGACCGGAUCAGUGACCGGCCAGUGAAGAUACUGUGCUGUUUGGCUGAUGCACGAACCCCAGCCCGG